AUGCAGAACCAGGACACGAUCACAUAUAUUCGAUUUCUUCUGUGGCUUGUUCUGUUCUUCAUGGUUAUUCAAAAGGCACACAGUGAAGAAGAUGUGAUCAUUACAACCAGGAAUGGGAAAAUCAGAGGGAUGAAUGUGCCUGUUCUGGGGGGCACGGUAACAGCCUUCCUCGGUGUUCCCUAUGCACAGCCACCUCUUGGUAGGCUUCGAUUCAAAAAGCCACAAUCACUGACCAAGUGGUCUGGCAUUUGGAAUGCCACAAAAUAUGCAAAUUCCUGCUAUCAAAACAUAGAUCAAAGUUUCCCAGGUUUCCAUGGAUCAGAGAUGUGGAACCCGAAUACUGACCUCAGCGAAGAUUGUUUAUAUCUGAAUGUGUGGGUUCCAACACCCAAACCUAAAAACGCCACCGUCAUGAUAUGGAUCUACGGUGGUGGUUUUCAGACCGGAACCUCAUCACUGCCAGUGUAUGAUGGCAAGUUUCUGACUCGGGUUGAAAGAGUUAUUGUUGUAUCAAUGAAUUACAGGGUGGGUGCACUUGGAUUCUUAGCAUUGCCAGGAAAUCCUGAGGCCCCGGGCAACAUGGGUUUAUUUGACCAACAACUGGCGCUUCAAUGGGUUCAAAAAAAUAUAGCAGCAUUUGGUGGCAAUCCUAAAAGCAUAACUCUCUUUGGAGAAAGUGCAGGAGCUGUUUCAGUCAGCUUACACCUGCUUUCUCCUAGAAGUCAGCCAUUGUUCACCAGAGCCAUUCUGCAAAGUGGAUCAUCCAAUGCCCCUUGGGCGGCCAUGUCUCUGCACGAAGCCAGGAAUCGAACGUUCACAUUAGCUAGGUUUGUUGGUUGCUCCAGAGAGAACGAGACAGAAAUAAUCAAAUGCCUCCGAAGUAAAGAUGCCCAGGAAAUUCUUCUUAAUGAAGUCUUUGUUGUCCCGUUUGAUACACUCCUGUCGGUUAAUUUUGGCCCAACUGUGGAUGGUGAUUUUCUCACCGAUAUGCCGGAAACACUGCUUCAGGUUGGACAGUUCAAAAAAACCCAAAUCCUGCUGGGUGUGAAUAAAGAUGAAGGGACUGCCUUUCUUGUAUACGGUGCUCCUGGUUUCAGCAAAGAUAACAACAGUAUCAUAACGAGAAAGGAAUUUCAGGAUGGUUUAAACAUAUUUUUUCCAAGUGUGAGUGAAUUUGGAAAGGAAUCAAUCCUGUUCCACUAUGCAGACUGGCUAGACGACCAGAGACCUGAGAACUACCGUGAGGCCUUGGAUGAUGUGGUCGGCGAUUACAACAUCAUAUGUCCCGCUCUGGAGUUUGCCGAGAAGUGCUCAGAGAUGGGGAGCAGUGCUUAUUUUUAUUAUUUUGAACACCGAUCAUCCAAACUUCCGUGGCCAGAAUGGAUGGGAGUCAUGCAUGGCUAUGAAAUCGAAUUCGUGUUUGGCCUGCCUCUUGAAAGAAGAGCGAAUUAUACGAAAGCCGAGGAGGUUUUGAGUAGAUCCAUUAUGAAACACUGGGCAAGUUUUGCAAAGUAUGGAUAUCCAAAUGGAACCCAGAACAAUGGCAUAACAUGGCCACUCUUCAAAAGUGCUGAGCAGAAAUAUCUGACCUUGAAUACGGAGUCCCCAAGGAUACACACUAAACCACGUUCUCAACAGUGCCGAUUCUGGAAAGUCUUUUUUCCCAGAGUCUUGGAAAUGACAGGAAAUAUAGAUGAGGCAGAACAAGAGUGGAAAGCAGGAUUCCAUCGCUGGAACAGUUACAUGAUGGACUGGAAGAGCCACUUCAACGACUACACCAGCAGGAAAGAAAGCUGUGCAGGAAUCUAAGGAGCAGAUCCCCCCUUCAUGAAAGGCGCCUUUCUCUGCUGCACAAGGGUAAACAGCAGCUCUCAGCCACAGAUACCAAGGAAGCUAUGACACAGCUCAGAGAAAAAUGCUGGAAGGAGUAUCUCAAUUUCUUGCAUCUUUAACUUUGUAUUUUGCCUAACAUAUAAAAUUCAAAUGGCUAUAGUGUAUUUACUUUAAAAAAUCACAACAUAUAGUUUGACAAUUAAUUAUAUGUGCAUUAAAAUGAAGUGAAGCUUCAAAACCCCCUGAAGAACUUUGAGAUAAUUUUCCUCUGAAAUAUAAGCUAUGGUUUUUAAACUCCAUGUACUCUCAUUGCCACACAUGGACAGGUAUCUUUUCCAAGUGAAUUAAACCU